AUGGCCGCCACUCUUCUCAAGCUCAUCAAGGACCGCCGCUCCUACUACCCCCUCUCCAAGGACCUCCCCAUCCCCGCCUCCCGCAUCGAGGAGAUCCUCGGCCAGCUCAUCACCGAUGUCCCCUCCUCCUUCAACUCCCAGUCCAACCGCGCCGUUCUCCUCCUCGGCGCCGAGCACGAUAAGCUCUGGGACAUCACCUCCGACGCCCUAAAGGCCGUCGUUCCCGAGGAGAACUGGAAGCCCACCGGCGACAAGCUCGCCAUGUUCAAGGGUGGCGCCGGCACCGUCCUCUUCUUCGAGGACCAGGCCGUUGUCGAUGACCUCCAGAACAAGUUUGCGCUUUAUGCCGACAAGUUCCCCGUCUGGGCCGACCAGUCCGUUGGCAUGCUCGUCGCCGAGACCUGGAAGGUCCCCACCACCUGGAAGCUCAAUGCCCAGCUCGUCUUCGGCGGCCGCACCGCUGAGGCCGGCCCCAAGGAGUCCAAGCCCGUCUCCGAGGUCCUCAAGGUCCACAGCUCCUAG